AUGUCGUCAACUCGUUUUCCUCCCCAUUUUGCCAACACUGAUCACCGUCAGCGCUCUCUCAACCAGAUGCGUUCCAAACAGCUUGGUCUUGAAAAAUACAUCUAUCUGAAUGGCCUCAAAGGGCGUGACUCUGAUUUAUUCUAUGACAUUUUGCUUGAGAAUAUGCAAGAAAUGAUUCCCAUCUUGUAUACACCAACUGUUGGAGAAGCUUGUGUUAACUACUCCCAUAUAUGGAGGCGACCCGAGGGUCUAUAUGUCUCCAUUGAAGACAAGGGUCGCAUUCGCGACGUUUUAGCCAGCUGGCCAAAAUUCAAUGACGGCCGCAUAGCCGUCGUUACCGAUGGUUCUCGUAUUCUCGGCUUGGGCGAUCUUGGGGCAAACGGCCUGCCCAUCAGUCUUGGCAAAUUGGACCUCUACAUCGCCGGUGCUGGCAUUAAACCGUCAUCUACUGUCCCGAUUUGCCUGGAUUUAGGUACCAAUACACAACGCUAUCUCGAUGACCCUCUCUACAUCGGCGUUCGCCGCCCGCGCCCAUUGGGGCCAGAAAUGGACGAAUUCAUGGACGAGUUCAUGGAGGCCAUGAAAGAAGUCUUCCCCACUCUUCUCAUACAAUUCGAAGACUUCUCAACAGACAACGCGUUCAAAUACCUCGAACGGUACCGCCAUCAGUAUCGUGUUUUCAACGAUGAUAUUCAAGGCACUGGAUCUGUAAUCUUGUCAGGUUUCACAAAUGCCGCUCGUUUGUCUUCUGCCGCCUCCGGGCUGCCGCCAUCAGAUCACAAAAUCUUAUUCCUCGGAGCCGGUUCUGCAGGUAUCGGUGUUGCGAAGCAGUUAUUGUCCUUCUUUACCUUGUCUGGUCUGAGUCCCGAAGUAGCAAGGUCUCGAAUCUACACCGUUGAUUCAAAAGGUCUUAUUACUGCCAACCGCAAAGGUCUCCAAGAGCAUAAGAAGUUCUUCGCACGCACUGAUUACGACGGCCCUGCGCUCACUGACCUCGUUGACAUCAUCAACCACGUGAAGCCCACCGCCUUGCUUGGCCUGAGCACCAUCAGAAAUGCAUUCACUGAGAAAGUCGUCAAAGCGAUGUGUGCGCUGAACGCCCGUCCCAUCAUCUUCCCAUUGUCGAAUCCUGUCACGCUAUGCGAACUGGACUACCAAGACGCCAUCGAAUGGUCCAAUGGACAGGUCAUCUUCGCAUCAGGUAGCCCGUACAAGCCCGUCUCCCGUGACGGUAUCGUGUACGAGCCUGGCCAAGGAAACAACAUGUACAUUUUCCCCGGUAUCGGCCUCGGUUCUAUCCUCUCUCGAACUCGGCACGUAUCGGAUGCCAUGGUCGAACAGGCGGCCAUCGCACUUGCCAACUCAUUGACCGAGGAAGAGAAAGCGGCCGAACUCGUAUAUCCUCGCCUUGCGCGCAUAAGGGAUAUCAGCGCCCAGGUUGCAUUUGCUGUAAUCAGACAAGCACAAAAAGAGAAAUUGGAUGAUAAUGCUUAUCUCCGGACACUCCCCGAUCCCGACCUUAUGGGACUCAUUCAUGACAAGAUGUGGCACCCACCUGCGCUGCAACUGCGUUCGUUCACACGACUCUAA